AUGGCUACAAAAUCGUUAAAACCCAAAGGUGGAUCAUGUUGUGCAGUAGCGACAUGCAUUAACUAUGCUGGCAAGGUGAAGCGAGAUGGAAAAACUAAUAUAUCAUUUUACAGAUUUCCAAAAGACCCAGAGUUGCAAAAGAAGUGGACACUUAAGUUUAGGAGAGGAGAUAGUAUAACUCCUAGUUUAUCAUACAUGUGUUCCGAACAUUUUAGUGAUGAUGCAUAUAUUCGAGAUCUUAAAGCCGAACUCUUAGCAUAUACUCCUAAAUUUCGUAAAUUAAAACCCGAUGCCAUGCUUACCAUAAAUUUACCAGUAGACCAUACGUCUAUACCCACAGUGAUGUAUCAUCAACAACAUCAUCUAGCCUUAAAAGUAGAAUGGAAUCAAGAAAAAAAAAACAGUAGACUUGAUAAUGAAAAAAAAAAGAGGGUUCAUUGGUCUACUGAAGACAUUUCAAAAGCGUUUACUUUGAGAUACUUCAGUAAACGAGCAUAUAGUUACGUUAAGGAUGAAUUGCAUUAUCCUUUGCCUGGUCUGUCUUCUCUCCAAAGAUCUGCAAAAAAUAUAGACAUGCGAAAUGGUAUUCGUGAGGAUGUAAUCAGAAUGAUGAAGCUUAAUGGUGAUACAUUACAGGAUUAUGAAAAACUCACCGUCUUAAUGUUCGAUGAAGUAAAAAUAUCCAGUACUAUGGAGUAUGAUGUGCUCCAUGACGAAGUAGUUGGCCCCCAUAGUCAAAUGCAAGUGGUUAUGGCUAGAGGGAUCGCUUCUCAGUGGAAACAACCCAUCUAUGUUGGUUUUGACCAGAAAAUGACAAAAUCUAUUUUUUUCAGUAUUAUUGAUAGACUAGAUCAAAUUGGGUUCAAUGUAGUAUGUUGUGUAAGUGAUUGUGGUGGUGGAAAUGUUGUCUUAUGGAAAGCUUUAGACAUAACCUAUGAAAAUCCUAUUUUCUCUACUCCAAACGAAAAAGAAAUUGUAUUUAUUCCUGAUGCACCUCAUAUUUUGAAACUUAUAAGAAAUUGGCUACUAGAUACUGGAUUUCAAAUUAAUGAACAACUGAUCAACAAAAAACCAUUAGAAAGUUUAAUAAAAAAAACAUUAUCAGAAAUUAAUAUUUGUUAUAAACUUAGUGAAGAGCAUUUAACCUGUGAAGGACCUCAGCGUCAAAAAGUAAAAUUAGCCUCACAAUUAUUGUCGCACACAACUGCAACAGCGCUUCUGCAUUAUAAGCCUAUCGAUGAUACAAACUUACUUAACGAUACUGCUAAUUUUAUUGAAUUAGUCAAUAAUUGGUUUGAUUUGUCUAAUGUUUCUCAUCCAAAUGACCAUCGAACCCCAUAUACAGCUCCUUAUGGAUUAUUUUUAGAUGAUCAAGAUGCCCUAUUAGAUAAAAUGUACAACACAUUUUUGUUAAUGAGAUGCAAUGGAAAAUAUGGUCUUCAGAUUUUUCAAAAGGCACUUCUCAUGCACAUAAAUGGGAUGAAACUACUUUUGAAAAUUGUUCGAGGUCAUGGAUUAAAGUAUAUUCUAACUAGUAAGGUUAAUCAAGAUGCACUGGAAAACCUAUUUUCACAACUACGGACUAGGGGUGGGUUAAAUGACCAUCCGUCUCCUUUGAAUGCCUUAUAUAGACUUCGCAUGAUAAUAUUGGGAAAAAACCCUGGUGUAACUUCUAAUCGAACUAAUACCACUAACCUUAUAAUUACCUUAUUAUAG